AUGAAGGCAAAUGGGGGUAAACCCAUGUAUGUUGUGGUGGCUCCUAAGAUGUUGCGCCUAAACACUGAUUACCACAUCAGUGUCUCACUGUAUGACAUGCCGGCGCCCAUCGAAGUAAACGCCACUGUUAGCGGUUGGGGACAUAGUGUCAGCACCGGUGCCGUCACUGUCGGUACGGCUGAAUCCAAAGUACUUACCCUAGCGAUCGGCGAUUGGCCACGAGGCUACUACCAGAUGCAUGUGAUGGGGACAGGCGCCAAUUUCACCAAGCACGAUGUAAUUGAUGAUAAAAAGCCACUUCACUGGGGACGGGAUGAUGGCAGAUCAACUGUUGCCAUAACAACGAAUAUAUUUAAAAAUCAAUUGAUGCUUACUUUUAUGGAGAAAUGUGUGUCGGUAUUCAUACAGACAGACAAAGCUGUGUAUAAACCCGGACAGAAAGUACUGUUCCGGGCCGUUGUGGUCAACCCAUCGCUAAUUCCCAAAGACAACAUUCCUAUUGAUAUAUAUAUUGAGGACGGUAACGGAAAGCGUGUCAAUGAAUGGAAACAAUUGAAUGCGAAAAACGGUGUCAUCUCUGAAGAGCUGCAACUGUCGGCACAGCCAGUGUUGGGCCACUGGACUAUAGGUGUGACGGCUUUGAGACACAACACCACAAAGACAUUUAUUGUGACCGACGAUGUGUUGCCUACGUUUGACGUGGAGGUAGUGUUGCCAACAUAUGUGACGAGAAAUCGGCCUGAAAUGGUGGCACUCGUUAAAGCAUUUGAUACCAAUGGGAAGGCUGUUAAGGGAGAGCUUACACUUUACAUUGCGAACAAAGAUCAUAACAACCCGAGGAUAUUACGGGCAAAGGAAACGAUCGACGGAAGCGCUACUUUAAACAUCGAUUUAAUAGACGAUUUGCAAAUCGACAAUAGUUUUCAUUUAGACGAAUCGGGCCUUGAAAUCGAUUUCACGGUACGAGUAAGGGAUGCGUUGACCGGAAAGCAGUUGACCCGACAUAAGACUGUAAUGCUAUACGAAAGGGAUUUGAAGAUAGAAGUGGUUAAGACGUCGAUGGCAUACAAACCGGGGCUGAAAAACACAUUUGUAGUCAAAGUUGGGACACAAGACGGCAAACCAGUGCCGGAUAGCGGACCACAACUCAACAUCAAAUACGGCUAUUCAUGGGAUAAAACUGAUUGGAAAGAAUGCAAAGAAAGUCCAUUACUUGUGACGCCAAUCAAUGGACUCAUUAAGUUUGAUGUCUUUCCGCCCAAAGAUAUUGAGCGAAUGGGAGUUAAAGCCGAAUAUAUGGGACAAACGUAUGAUAUAGCCAUUACAAAAGCUAAAACCCGGUGCGGACAAUACUUGCAAGUGGUCCGCGCGGACACAACCGACAUCACUGUCGGACAGGACGUAAAAUUCGUGGUGAAUGCGACCGAACCUAUCAUACGAUUGGUGUGCGAAGUGAUGGGAAGGGGAGACAUAGCGUGGGCUAAGAGUUUUGACAUUCACACCAAUAUUAACGCCGGCUAUGAGUUCACUGUCCCGACUCUGCCUCAAAUGGCUCCGUUGGCGCGGCUUCUGUGCCAUUACGUGCGACCCGACGACCAGGAAGUGGUGGCCGACGCUCUCGACUUCGAUGUGGAGCCAGUGUUUCGGACGCCCGUCCAGACAGUCGACACCAAACCGGAAGAGUUGGCCGGCGUUGGGCUCAACACUCGGCACAACCCGUUUGUGGACAUCAGUCGCGAGGAAGUUAUGAACGAACUGAAGGCCUACGACACGGACAGCGAGUCAUACCAUUCUCGCCGUUGGUCCAGGCAUUGGUCGGCAACGGUUAACAUAUUCGACGACUCGGGUGUUGGAAUGAUGCACAACGGGGUAAAUGUGAUCAUUUUAGUAUCUGAUGUCUAUAAAGAAAGAUUAUAA